AAUUUUGGCUCCCGCAGCGCGAAAGUCGACACUCGCAAUUCACCAACCAACAAACUACCAAAUUCCACACAACAUGGCCGAUGCAGAGUCGAAAGCGCCGCCGGCCGGCGGUGCAUCUGCAGGUUCCUCGAAGCCACCGAAACCUCCGAAUCCGGUGUGGAGGAUGAUGGGCCUUCCGAACAUACGGAUGAGGUUACCAUCGCGCAAUUGGAUGAUCUUUCUUGGUAUAACUGGCUCCUGGACGGCUGCCGUCGUCUACGACCGCCGCGAGAAGAGGCGGAUACAACGCAAGUGGACGAAACUCGUCGAGCACAUCGCCUCCGAAACCCUCGACGACAAGACGCUGCCCCGAAGACUCACAGUAUAUCUGUCUGCGCCUCCAGCAGAUGGCCUAGUGCCCGCCCGCGAUCACUUCCACGAGUACGUCAAACCGAUACUCGUCGCUGCGGCGCUCGACUGGGACGCAAUCGAGGGUCGGAGGGAAGGAGAUGUGAGGGCCGGAUUGGCAGAAAAGAUAAGGCGGCUCAGAAAGGUCAAUGGAGAGCCUAGCGAUGAGCCACUCGAGGCUGAUUUACAGCUUGUCUUGGAUGAAGCUAGGCGGAGAUCUGGUGUACAUGAAUUCGACGGAGUACCUGGAGACAUCGUCAUUGGAAGACACACCUGGAAGGAAUACGUCAGAGGGCUGCACGAGGGUUGGUUAGGGCCUUUGAAUCCGCCCAAAGCUCCUGUCACGGAAGAACCAUUUGUACCUGUAGCUGAGACACCGUCGCCCGACCCAACACCGGUCACCACACUCGAAGCUGUAACUGCAACCGAGUCUACAUCCGACGACGCAUCACCAACAGCAACACCAGAAGCCGAAAAGCCAAAGGAGGAGGAGAAGCCCAAGGAAGACGAGAGCAAAUCCAAGAAGAAGAAACAACCACCCCCAUUCAACACCACCGCCGACUAUGGAACCUCCACCCUCUCGCCAAACUGCCCCGCUGCUCUCGGUCCCGCUGCCGUCAUCCCUCUCCCCCACCUCCUCGGAUUCUUCAACUUCCCCAUCCGCAUGUACCGCUUCCUGAACAGACGGCAGGUUGCAGAUGACAUUGGCCGACAGACCGCAGCUGCUGUUCUGGCGGCAUACCGACCUUUCGACGCUGCUGGCGCGUCCGCAUCUGACUCUGGAGACGCCGUAGACCAGUGGGAGCAACAGAAGCUGCUCGCCCACGAAGAGCCAGACUGGCACAAGACGGUCCGCGAGCGAAAGGAAGACGACGACAGGGAACGAACAUGGUUAGACGACAUGGUUCUCGAUCCACGCAUCGCCGAACGCAUGAGGAGGUUCCAGCUCAACGUCGAGGACGAAGAGCGGGCGAACCGUCUGUCAGCAGAGAACGAGAAGGAGUCCGCUUGGUGGAAGGGCAUCUGGCCUAAAUCGGAAGAGAAGAAGAACCUCUGGGAGGGCUUAGAAGACACCGAGUGAACUGGAAAGUUUGAAAUGAAAAAAAAGGCUUCUUGAUUUGGGGUAACUAUAUAUGACAACGUAUUGGCGUAUGUAUUUGUAUGAGUACAAUUGUAGCAUUAGGGUGGUUGGCCCAAAGACUCUAGAUACCUCAAUUCU